CUCCACAGAGGAAGACACAGGAGAGCCGCACGCUGACAUUGGGGAUCAGACUGCUGCGUCUGAGCGAGUAGCAGAGGAGGAGGAUUCAAGAUGGGUGCCUCAGUGACUACUUCUGCUACCACUGUGAAAGCAGAGGCAGUGACAUUGCCGGCUCAGUUUGGUAAUGGCUCGCCUCCGCAGGGCUGCCCAAUGCAGCAGGAAAACCAGAAGAGUUCUUAUCCAUCGGAGUGCCCCUUGCAUCAAUCUCCUGCUGGGCCAGCGCACCAAGACCAGGCCUACGAGUUUGUGGAGUGCCCAAUGAGAGCUGCAAAAGCAGGCACACAGGGACUAUCUGACAUUGAUCCAACAAAUAUGAUGCCCCCACCUAACCAGCAGCCAGCUCCUGACCAGCCUUUCUCUUUAUCAGUUAAAAGAGAGGAAUCCACAAUCCCCAGAGCUGGGACAGAUAAUAAUUGGGUUUAUCCCUCAGAACAAAUGUUCUGGAAUGCCAUGUUGAGAAAAGGAUGGCGUUGGAAAGAUGACAGCCUUGCCCCGAAUGACAUGACAAAUAUCAUCAAGAUCCACAAUCGCAACAAUGAACAGGCUUGGGAGGAGAUCCUGAAGUGGGAGGCACUGCAUGCCAGUGAAUGUCCAUGUGGUCCAUCUCUGAAAAGGUUUGGUGGUAAAGCAAAGGAACUUUCACCCAGGGCAAGGAUACGUCAUUGGAUGGGGUAUGAGUUACCUUUUGACCGACAUGACUGGAUAGUAGAUCGCUGUGGAAAAGAAGUCAGAUAUGUGAUCGACUACUAUGAAGGAGACCUUGACAAAGACACGUAUCAGUUCUCAAUCUUGGAUGUGCGUCCAGCCUUUGACUCUCUUGAAGCAGUGUGGGAUAGAGUAAAGGUGGCCUGGUGGCGCUGGACAUCUUAAACUCCCUGAAACUGUAUGAUCUUAUCUCUAUACUAGGUUGUACAUAGGAAGUCUAUUUUCAAAUAGAUAAGUACGCAGAUUUCUUCAAGCAUACAAGCUGAUGGCCAUGUGAAGUGUUAAAGCAGAUUCUAAUACAUGCAGAUUGCUCGCUGGAGAUGAGAGGGUUUGUUUUAACUCUGUGCUGGUGGUGUGAAUGUCUUUAAUUCUCUCCAGUUUUUGAUUGUAACUUAUGUAUAAUGCGCUUUUCUGAAGCAGAUGUGAAUAUGAAUAUCUUCUUUGAGAAUUUUUCAUUUUCAAUAGUGUUUAGGAGACAGUUUAAGUGAGCAUUUCAACCCAAAUCUGCAAUUUCUUACCAUUUAGAAGUGAACCAUUUUCUUGCUAUACUGUUUAGUUUGAGGGCAAAGUCAUUAGAGAAUUACAGAAACUCCUUUGAAAUUUAUUUUUUGGUAUCCCUCAUGAAAUUAAUGGUGCAUCCUAUUUGUUGAAAGGCAGCAAUAUAUUAGGGCUGUGUACUUAGUCAUUAAAAAAAAUUAAGCAACCUAACCUAAUCACCUCUAACCUAAUACCGAUACCACUAACCUAAGGUUUUCUGUAUUGAUUUUUGGUGUUUGCAGUGUCUCACUGAGCAUGUAUAAGGGGCCAACAACUGUUGCUGCACUUUCUGCUAUGCUUUUGGUGAGGAAAGGUUGAGCUAUAUCUUCAUCAUUUGAAUGGUCAUUAAAACUACUGUUUCCUCUUUUAGUAUUUUUCUUACAAAUGUGAAAAAUGCUAUUAAUCAGUGGAACAUAGAACGGUUCAGUGUUAAUGGAACUUUUUAAAUCAUAUAAAUUAAUGUGUUUGAAUUCUCAAGGAACGAAAAGUUCAGUGUAAUUUCUGCCUUUUUUUUUACGAUGUGUAUAUCUUCUUGUUUUUCAUACCCCUUUAAUGUCCAUCUUUACCUAAUGCUGUCGAUUUCGGUUUUAAGAAAGUGACAUGUAUAUGAGUGACUUUUAUUAUCUGUGAAGUUCAUUAUAUCCACUGUAUAUACUGAAAUGGUGGUGUCCACACCAGUGGGUGGUGUUUUCUAGGACACUUCUAUCUCUGAAUUCCUGAAUUUCCAAAGCUAAUGAAAUAUGUAAUUGACUCGCAAA